GAAUCAGAUUGGCAGUUAGCACAAGGAUUUUGGGAAGGAAAGAGGGAAAAGACUCUUUAGGGAAAGGAAGAUUAGAUGAAAUUGACAACCGCUAUCCAUCAUUACUGGCUUACCUCUUCUUAGUUCAUAUUCAACCACCUCUUUUCAAUCUAUGUGUUGGCCUUUUGUUUUUUUGUUUUUUAAUUAGCAAGUAGCCUGGUUUUUCAUCUAUCCCAAUUAACAUAUAAACUAUUGGGGUUUCGUUUGUUGACCCUCUUUCUCUUUCCUUCUUCCUUUCUUUCAGAAUUUAAGCCUUCUCUCAAAAUUUUAAGCUUUUGGAUUCAUUUCUUUCGAAUCUAGCGCAUACCCUUUUCUCUUCUAAGCUCUCUCUCUCUCUCUGAACAUUUGAUAACCUUCUUUCAUCCCAACUUGUAUUUUGUUUUGUUUUGCAGUUUUCUUUGUAGACCCUCUUUCCCUUUCUUCUUUCGCUAACUGGAAAGUUAAUUUUUUGUUUGAUUUCUCCCAGUUUGUCAUAUGCUCAUUUCCUCUCUGCCUCCUUUGUGCAUUCUCUCUCUCUCUCUCUUGGGGCAAUUAUCAGAUGAUGAUGAUGACAAUGGAGGGGAUGAUGGAUACGGGGGUACUGAAUGAUAUAAUAAGAAGGCUGUUGGAGGGGAAAGGAGGGAAGCAGGUGCAGCUCUCUGAGGGGGAGAUCCGUCAACUUUGCGUCAACGCCAGGCAAAUCUUCCUCUCUCAGCCCAAUCUCCUUGAGAUUCAUGCCCCCGUUCGCAUAUGCGGUGACAUACAUGGACAAUACCGAGACCUAUUGAGGCUGUUUGAAUAUGGUGGCUACCCUCCUUCUGCAAACUACCUUUUCCUUGGGGAUUAUGUAGAUCGAGGCAAGCAAAGUUUGGAGACUAUAUGUUUGCUUCUAGCCUACAAAAUUAAAUAUCCUAACGAAGUCUUCCUGUUGAGAGGAAACCAUGAAGACGCAAAGAUUAAUCGAAUUUAUGGGUUUUAUGACGAGUGUAAAAGGAGGUUCAACGUUAGGCUAUGGAAAAUAUUUACUGACUGCUUCAACUGCUUGCCUGUGUCUGCACUCAUUGAUGACAAGAUACUCUGUAUGCACGGCGGACUCUCUCCAGAGUUGCAAAAUUUGGAUCAAAUAAAGGAACUUCAAAGACCUUCUGAGGUACCGGAUAGUGGUCUCCUCUGUGAUCUGCUUUGGUCGGAUCCUGAUGCUAGUAUUGAGGGCUGGGCUGAGAGUGAUCGAGGUGUCUCAUGUACUUUUGGACCUGAUAGGGUUGCCGAGUUUUUGGAUAAAAAUGACCUUGAUCUCAUUUGCCGGGGUCAUCAGGUGGUGGAGGAUGGAUACGAGUUUUUUGCUAAACGAAGAUUGGUCACAAUAUUUUCAGCUCCAAACUAUGGUGGAGAGUUUGACAAUGUUGGUGCUCUAUUGAGUGUCGAUGAAUCUUUAGUAUGUUCUUUUGAAAUAUUGAAACCACUCGAUACUAAAGCAUCAGCAAGUGGGUCUAAUACAUCCCGAAUGAAACUUAAAAAGCCCCCUAAAGCUGGAACCAUCUGAUUGUUUGGAGACUCCUUCUGUUCGAAUAGGAGAUACGGCAAGUGACACGGCAAGCUUAGUUUGUGUUAGGGUUUGAAUUAUCAGUAAGCCGACAGGCUUGGUGAAAGAGAAGCCUAACCUUUUAUAAUAUUGGAGAUGGCUGAUGAAAUGAUUAUAAGAAAUGUAAAUUGGGAACUAUCUUUUGUGCAGACGAAGAGAUUUGAGCUUUAAAACACCCUUUUGUUCGUUCACCUACUGUAUCUGCAUGUAAGUGUGAGUGUGAGCACUGAUUGAGAAUGUCCUGCCUUGAUUUUGGUUGAGCAGUAUCUGUAUAUGUAGUUGGUGUUGUUUGCUCAGGAUUCAAGAGGCUUCUUAUCGACCCAACACCUCUUAAAAUAGUGGUUUCCAUGAAUGACUUCUAAUUGAACUCCAUUUUAUUUU